CGGGGUUUGUUUCCAGGAAGUAAGUGACGACACAAGUGGCCCUUCACACUGUCUCUAACUCCGCUCUCCGCAUCGUCAUCCCCGCAGUUAGUGUUUUAUUAAACCUUUUCUGAUUCCACCAACAUGGGGGACGACGAAGAGAAGUAUGACGGGAUGUUGCUGGUUAUGGCGCAGCAACACGAGGGAGGUGUACACGAGUUAGUAAACACGUUUUUCAGCUUCCUCCGCCGCAAAACCGAUUUCUUCACGGGCGGUGAUUCAGGUGCUGCAGAGAAGCUAGUGCAGAAUGCUUUCGCCAGCCAAAGUAAGCUGGCGCUGAAGUCCCACAAAGAUAAGCAGGUGAAGCAGGAGAAGGAGAAGAAAGAGAAAGCUGAGAGAGCUGCUAAGCUGGCAGAGGAAGAGAAGAAAAAGAAGAAUAACGACGGUCCCAAGAUUCAGGAACUGACUGACGAAGAAGCAGAGAAACUUCAGUCUGAACUUGAUAUGAAAAAGAAAGAAGAGGAGAAAACCGAGGACACAACAACGAAGGCAGAAAAGUCAUCUGACGACACAGAAAAAGAGAAAGGGUCUGAAUCUGAAGGAGAGGAAGACGAGAAGGACAAAGAUAAACUGAAGCCGAAUGCAGGAAACGGAGCUGAUCUGCCCAGUUACAAGUGGACACAGAGCCUCUCUGAAGUGGAUCUGGUAGUGCCUUUCGAUGUGAAGUUCCGCAUUAAGGCGAGAGACGUGGUGGUGGACAUCCAGCGGCGAACCAUCAAAGUCGGCCUGAAAGGACACCCUCCCAUUAUUGAAGGGCAGCUCUACAACGAGGUGAAGGUGGAAGAAAGCUCCUGGCUCCUCGACGACGGCAAGGUGGUCACUGUGCACCUGGAAAAGAUUAAUAAAAUGGAGUGGUGGAGCAAGAUUAUUACCACAGAUCCAGAAAUCAACACCAAGAAGGUCUGUCCAGAGAACUCCAAGCUGUCAGACCUGGACGGAGAGACGCGUGGUAUGGUGGAGAAGAUGAUGUACGACCAGAGGCAGAAAUCAAUGGGGUUGCCUACAUCUGAAGAACAGAAGAAACAAGACAUUCUUAAAAAGUUCAUGUCUCAGCACCCAGAGAUGGAUUUCUCUAAAGCCAAAUUCAGCUGAGACUCGCUGCCGUCCGUAGAAACCACAUAAAGAUUCUCGAGGAUAUCUUGUGAAACAUGUCAAAGCCGACGUCAGGCACCAACCAACUUCCCCAUCAUACGUCCUCUUAAUACUGCACAGGUUUCUGUCUUUUUUGGUUUGUUAUGAGAUCAGGUUUAUUGACGUUUAGCCUAUAUCCUCCCUCUGCAUGUCUAGAUGUCAGAAUAUUUAAAAAUGUCUGGAUUUUUUAAUAAACAAAUUUAAAAUGUAAA